UGAGCGCGCAGGGGGGCGGCGGCCUGGCCUCGUCUCUGUCGCUGCGCCGGGGCCGGCAGGGUGACGCCGAGCGCCACGGAGAUGUCGGAUUUCGACAGUAACCCGUUUGCGGACCCGGACCUCAACAACCCCUUCAAGGACCCGUCAGUUACACAGGUGACCAGAAAUGUUCCACCAGGACUUGACGAGUACAAUCCGUUCUCAGAUUCCAGAGCGCCGCCGCCAGGCAGUGUGAAAAUGCACAGUGCACCCAACACGCAGCCCGCGAUCAUGAAGCCGACCGAGGAGCACCCCGCGUACACGCAGAUCGCCAAGGAGCACGCCUUGGCCCAGGCCGAGCUGCUGAAGCGCCAGGAGGAGCUGGAGAGGAAAGCCGCGGAGCUAGACCGUCGGGAGCGGGAAAUGCAGAACCUCAGCCAGCACGGCAGAAAAAAUAAUUGGCCGCCCCUGCCUGCCGGCUUUCCCGUGGGCCCGUGUUUCUACCAGGACUUCUCGGUGGACAUCCCCGUGGAGUUCCAGAAGACGGUGAAGCUCAUGUACUACUUGUGGAUGUUCCACGCUGUGACGCUGUUUCUGAAUAUCUUCGGCUGCUUGGCCUGGUUUUGUGUCGACCCCACGCGAGGAGUUGACUUUGGAUUGAGUAUCCUGUGGUUCUUGCUUUUCACCCCUUGCUCGUUUGUCUGUUGGUACAGACCGCUGUACGGAGCUUUCAGGAGUGACAGUUCGUUCCGAUUCUUCGUGUUCUUCUUCGUCUACCUCUGUCAGUUCGCUGUGCACGUGCUGCAGGCUGCAGGAUUUCAUAACUGGGGCAACUGCGGUUGGAUCUCCUCCCUCACGGGCCUCAACAAGAGCAUCCCGGUGGGCAUCGUGAUGAUCCUCAUCGCGGCGCUCUUCACCGCCUCCGCCGUCAUCUCGCUCGUCAUGUUCAAGAAGGUGCACGGACUGUAUCGCACCACAGGUGCCAGUUUUGAGAAGGCCCAGCAGGAGUUCGCAACAGGCGUGAUGUCCAACAAGACUGUCCAGACCGCAGCCGCAAACGCGGCCUCCAGUGCAGCGACCAGCGCCGCGCAGAGCGCCUUCAAGGGGAACCACAUGUAGAGCCCUCGGACAGCACCAGCUACCCGGACUGGGCUUUCUCUCCAUUACUGUACUCUCCAGGUAUUUGUAUGUUCCAAACACACAGUGUACACAGCAUGGAUAUUUCCUGUUCACCUGUGCAUGGGCUAAGACCAGAAAAACUUCCUGUCUCAUUACUUCGCCUGGUAGUUUCUUAAAAUUUCAAUGCCCCUUGCAGAAAAAAAAAACAUGCUAAAUAAAUAUUCUCCAUAUUUUUUGGGGGAUGAUGUUCAAAUUAUUUCAGUGGUGACGCACUGAAAGGAAUACGGUACUUAAAGUUAAACACGCACCCAGCACUCUCGGCAGCAGCUCUUUCAAGACUCGUUAGAGGGAAGGAUUAGACAAGGACCAGAGAAGCUGUUUCUCCUGUUUGUGUCGACAGGAACGGGCCAGUACAAAGGAAUUGGCUUGCUUUUCAGCGGUUUCAGUCACCCGUGAGGAGCCUUGUGCACUUCCUAGUAGAUACUGUAAAUUGUAUCUUCUUUUUCCUCUCUCUUUUUAGAGUAGUUACUAUUUUGAUAACAACCUCUAGCCUCGCAUGGUCCCGUGUCUCUUAAAUGAGAAGAAUUAGUGGUUUGGGUUCUGUCCUGCCGAUGGCUGUAGGGUUCAGGGGUUCUUAUGGAAUCAUAGAAAUGCCUUUCUGUAAUGGUUUCUUUUAAACACGCAUUAUUGGGGUGCAACAUGAGAAUGGAACACAGUGCAGUGGGUCCUCCGGAGACAAGGUAACGGACUGGGCAGGGUGCAGUGACCACGGUUCCUUCUGUUGGUUGGUCCUCAUUUCAGUGUUCACGUAGUAAAGUUCCGCUGUAUGAGACUGUGUGUACCUGUGGCUCCCUUAGCUGGCUGGGCUUGUGGAGUGUGUGCGUCGUUUGCACAGAGGUAGCAGAGGCCAGCCUAGCCUUUGUCUAAGAAGCGCAUCCAGGAUUUACGGGAUUUUCCUUUUAGCCUCUCAUGUUCAGUGGCAUAAAAAAUAAAAAGAGCUGGUGUUUUUCCUGGGCUUGAACCCCCGGUGCACCGAAGCCUUUCACUUUUUGAGUCAGACUGGAUAAUUUAAAAAAUGAAACCGUUAACUGGUACCAAGCAAGGGCACACAGAUACGAUCGGGGGCUUCAUCACGGAGGCGGACACAGCAAGGUGGUUAUUCUGCAGCAGGGAACGUAAUGCUGGGUAGGCGUGGCUGCAAGCCUGGGGUCGCUUUUUAAUACUGACUGAGCGACUGCAGGCAUGUGUGCGUCACGCCCCCUAGCGCUGCAGCGGUGGGCGUGGCUCCCUGGACGCCCCCUAGCACUGCAGUGGUGGGUGUGGCUUCCUGGACGCCCCCUAGCACUGCAGCGGUGGGUGUGGCUUCCUGGACGCCCCCUAGCACUGCAGCCUUGGGUGUGGCUUCCUGGACGCCCCCUAGCACUGCAGCGGUGGGUGUGGCUUCCUGGACGCCCCCUAGCACUGCAGCGGUGGGCGUGGCUCCCUGGACGCCCCCUAGCACUGCAGCCUUGGGUGUGGCUUCCUGGACGCCCCCAGCACUGCAGCGGUGGGUGUGGCUUCCUGGACGCCCCCUAGCGCUGCAGCGGUGGGUGUGGCUUCCUGGACGCCCCCUAGCACUGCAGCGGUGGGUGUGGCUUGCUGGACGCCCCCUAGCACUGCAGCCUUGGGUGUGGCUUCCUGGACGCCCCCUAGCACUGCAGUGAUGGGUGUGGCUUCCUGGACGCCCCCUAGCACUGCAGCGGUGGGUGUGGCUUCCUGGACGCCCCCUAGCACUGCAGUGGUGGGCGUGGCUUCCUGGACACCCCCUAGCACUGCAGCGGUGGGUGUGGCUUCCUGGACGCCCCCUAGCACUGCAGCGGUGGGUGUGGCUUCCUGGACGCCCCCUAACACUGCAGCGGUGGGUGUGGCUUCCUGGACGCCCCCUAACACUGCAGCCUUGGGUGUGGCUUGCUGGAUGCCCCCUAGCACUGCAGCCUUGGGUGUGGCUUCCUGGAUGUUCGGUGAGGACAGACUGCUGGAAGGUACCAUCUGAGAUCGCAGGUUGUUUUUUGUAAGGAUCGGUCGGGCAUAAAUGCUCCAGGCACUUUGAUCCUCCUGGCCACAUCGGAGCUCGGGCUCUGGCCGGCGGUGGGGUUUUGCAGGCGCUCUGCCUGAAGCCAGGUGGUGCCGAUCCCCGGGUGGCGGCGGUCUGUCCGGCCUGUCCCGGGCGGGCACACUGGGAGGAGACUCCCGCUCUGAGAAGCCAGGUGGUGCCGAUCCCCGGGUGGUGGCGGUCUGUCCGGCCUGUCCCGGGCGGGCACACUGGGAGGAGACUCCCGCUCUGAGAAGCCAGGUGGUGCCGAUCCCCGGGUGGCGGUCUGUCCGGCCUGCCCCGGGCGGGCACACUGGGAGGAGACUCCCGCUCUGAGAAGCCAGGUGGUGCCGAUCCCCGGGUGGCGGUCUGUCCGGCCUGCCCCGGGCGGGCACACUGGGAGGAGACUCCCGCUCUGAGAAGACAGGGCUCAGAGAAGGGAUUUACCGCUGUUUCAGAAGUCUCUGGUGAGCCAGGAGCUGCACCUCCAACCUCGCCCCGAGCGAGCCGGCCGAGCCCGUGGCCUCCCUGGAAACCCGCUUCCUCAGUGUGCCGUGGGCACGUGUGGGGCGCACGUGGCCACCGUGAGCCUGUAUCCCAGGCCCAUCUUUGUUUUGCUUUAAGCCACCUGUGAGAGACACACGAGAGACUUCUGAACCGGAAUGUGGUUAGUAUGUAGGAAUUCCUAGCGAGGAGCAACUGCGCGGAGGGGACACGGUGUUCAGGUUCGGUGGGUUGAUGGCGUUUUUUAACAGUGUAAACGAUGCUUGCAGUUCGACGCGGUGUAAACGCAACUUUAAACUCUCCCAGUCAUGUUCCCGGUCGGUUUUCAGGCCUGGCAGUUGGUGCGGUGCCUGUAACACCGGGAUGACCCAGCUGGCCCUGAGGGGCUUCGCCAGGGGGCGCCCGCGCCUCUCAGUUCGCAGUGUUAAGUCAUGGCUACUUUGUUCGAGACUGAAGGUCGAACACUGGAAACCAUUGCUCACUGAUUGUAACGCGCACUGGUCCGCACAGAUGCCUCCGUCGGCCCUGAUGUUGCAUGUUUCCGUGGUUUGGAAGUUUUGUAUAUUUAUUGUACUAACACGGAGUGUCACAAAAUAAAAUACUGUUUACCGGACGUUUGCUCCUAUGAUUUUGAACACCACAUUCAGGUGAACGCUGUGUGCGUUCAGAAGAACUUAACGCCGACGGCUCAGUGCCCGGAGCAGCUUUCUGUUUCAUUUCUUCACAUAGUCUAUACAUCGCUGUCAUGUGCUGAACACAGUAACCAGUGAGAGACGUGGUGUAACAGCACAGGACGGCUGCUCUUCUGUGGCAGUGAUGGACGUGGGCUUCGCCCCUGUGGUUUCCACCACUUUUAGAUAACAAUAGAGACUGUUUUUAAGUUAGAUUAAAAGUGGUAAAGUCUCAUGGCUGCUUUUUCCUUAUGGGUCAGGAAGGGUGCUGUGUGACUCGUGUUGUGUUGAUCCGUGGAUCUGUAUGCUGUGUUGUGACCUUGCUACCCGUUGCUGUCGAGGUACCACAUUGUGUGUUGUUUGGCUAAAGAAGAUGUAAAAUUGUAAUCUGCGGUAUUGCUCAUCAGGAGUCUGUGUUUUGAAAAAUACUUGUUAAAUUAAACAUGGGAACAAUAUUUUUUAUUUCCUGAGUGUAUCUAAAAAAGUGACUGUGGAUUUUCACACUUCAUGUACUGUAUUUCCUGUUGUGACAAUAUAUAAUUCGCAUCUUGAGGAUUUAUAUGGUUGGGUUUCUGCUCGUUUGUCGAAGUUAUUUGUAACAGCCUAAUGCCCUUUAUACCCACUGUGUAUUUUCUGAAAACGCUAGUGUUAGCACCUAAUUCUGCGUCUUCAUUGGUAAGAGCUGUUUGGCAUGGCUUUGAUAUACAGAGUUGGUUGUAUUUUGGGCACUUUUUUAUGAUAUGUGUAGCUUACAAUUACCACAACUGUCAGAACACCUUUUCAGUGUAUCUCCUUUCAUUUUUUUUCUUAAGAAAAAUGUUUAGAGGAAUUUGCUGAUUCUUGUGGUGAAGUCCAAUGGGGUGAGAUUAUAGUGGUUAAUGUAAGAGUCACAGAGUGGCUGAAAGUAGACAACAGCUUACUUUGGUAAAUUUUCAAGUACCACAGUAUACAUCUGUUUAGAGUACUGUAGAAUAAUGUAUCUGAAAACAUUAAGGUUGUUUGGGAUUUAUUUUAAAAAGAUUUAUUUAUUUAUUUGAAAGAAUUAGAGACAGAGAUCUUCCAUCCACUGGUUCACUCCCCUGAUGGCCACAGGGCUGGGCUGGGCGGAAAGCAGGAGCCAGGGGCUUCCUCCAGGUCUCCCGCGCAGGUGCAGGGGCCCAAGCACUUGGGCCAUCCUCCAGUGCUCUCCCAGGCUCAUUAGCAGGACCUGGAUCAGAAGUGGAGCAGCCGAGACCCAAGCCAGUGCGCGUAUGGGAUGCGAGCACUGCAUAUAGCUGUUUAACCUGCUAUACUACCUGCCCUUGGAUACUUUUUAAUUAAACUAAAAAGUUGUAUCCCCGGGUGGGUAAAGCCGCCGCCUGCAGUGCCGGCAUCCCACAUGGGCACUGGUUCUUGGCUGC